AUGGCUGAGAAAGUCUCCAUGGGCAACAGCAUUAACCUUCCCUACAGAGACCUGGCUUCCGAGGUGACCAGGCGCAGAAUCACCAUCACCACAAGAGGGGAGAGAUUUACCAAGAAAACUGAUGAAGCCCGGGAGAUACCCUCAGAUGUGGAUUCGGGACAAACCCCUCCUCCUAGUGCAGCCGGCUCCGAAGUACCCCCAGCCCCACCUCCCUCUCCAACUGAAGACUCCUAA